AUGUGCGAACUUUCGACUUCAGCAGUUUCCACUUACAUUGGGGACAUAAUCAUAAUUCUGGGAGUGAACACCAAAGUAAAUGGUGAGAAAUCUAAUGGAGAAGGUCAUUUUGUCUAUAUAAAUUUUGAAAUCAAUCAAAGAGUUGUGUUGAUUUUUUUAAUGAAAAGUCGACUGUGUGACAAUAUUCGAUCGGUUAACAAGCGUGCUGCUGAUAAUAGAAAAUUAGAAGAAGAAUGGACGAAAUAUUUCAAUAUUUCACAACAAUUAACAAAAGAAAACGAUAUGGUGACAGUUAGUUUAUCACUGACUUCGUUAAUGGUAGAUGCCGUAGAUGAAUUUUGGAAAUAUGAGAGGUCAUUGAUGACUCUACCUUGUACAGAACAUAUUAUUUGGACUAUUUUUCGAACACCUAUUGUACUAUUAGAUUAUCAAUUCAAUCCAUUUCCUCAUAAUUUAUCCUAUGAAAGUUAUUGCAGUCCACAACCGUUGUAUUACAGAAGAGUUUACAGAUCUUUCAAGGAUAAAAUCGUAUUGACUAUACCUGAUCAAAAUUGCUGUGCCCUUGUAACAUUAGAUAUAGGCAAUCGAUUAUAA